AUGGGGGGUGAGGAGCGGGGCGUUCUCCCUCCCAGCACCCCCCAGCUGACUCUGUGCCCGGAGGGGGUGUGUGAGCCGGAACCUCCAGCAUUCUUGGGGAUACGAAAUUCCAACGCUGGGCAGCCUCUUAAGGCUUCUAGGAAUUCGCAUCCCCCGCGCCCCAGCCAUCAGAUCGGUUGCGAGAGGGACCGUUCGGGUCCGCGGGGCCAGGAAUGGAGGUGGGAGGGCGGGGCCGAGACGGCGGCCGCCUGCGGACUGGAGACCCGGGAGGACGGACGCGGACGCGGGCUGCUCGUCUUUUACGGCCCUUCAACGCCCACCACGACCCACUCCUCUUGGAGACCCCGGGCGACGGUGGGGCUCUUGGGCUUUCUGAGACUGCGCUUGGUGGAGCCCCCUACUGGCCAGACUGGAUUUCUCAGCCUGCGACUCAGCCCCAGGCUACACGAAAGAAGCCAGACCUGGCUUUUACUGCCUCCUGAGGCCUUCCUCUUGUUCACACUGAGUGUCCAGUCCCUCCAAAUCCGGCUACACUCUACUGGCAAGGAGCACCUGGGCCAUGUUUUAGAGAUCAUCCGAGGACUAACCCCAAAAGUGUAUGAAGAGAAAGCAGAGGCCGAGCUGAAGAGAUGGACCCGGGUCACACCCAGGUAAAGGCAGGAUCUAAACUGAAACUGGUGUCAGAUCUGGUUGCCUUGCACCCCUCAUAUCAGGUGAAGCAACACUGGGCAGGAUAGAGCAGAGUGAGGUCAGAGUGUGAAGAUCCAGCCUGAUGCCCAAACUGACGCCUCUUCAUUCUCCCCUGCUCCAUCUGUAAAAGUCACGGUUAAUCCAUCUACUUUAUUGCAUUAUAUGGAGAAAUAAAUGAAAUGUCAUAGCUGUA